ACAUUAGUUAUAUAGGUGGUCAAGGAGCAAAACGAUAUAAAUAUAGAAAUUAGCAGUUUUCACUUAUGGCGAAUUUAAUACCAAGUUCCGAUUACUCAAAUGACUUUGACGCAAAUUGGUUUGUUGGCGCAUAUUAUUCUGAAGUUGAUGGGUGCCAGGAAGUAGGACAGUUUUUGCCCUUUAUAUUAACGGCAUUGCACGAUAUUUUCAAAUCUGGUAAUGUCCGUGGAAACACUCUAUUAGACAUAGGCACAGGGCCAACAAUUCACUCUGUCAUUAGUGCAUGUCCAUAUGUACAAAAGAUAAUACUGUCAGAUUAUUCUCAAGUGAAUAUAGACGCCUUACAGCAAUGGAAAGAUAACAAAGUACAGACCGGAAGUGCAUUAUGCAAAUUUAUACUUGACCUGGAAGGUGGCAAAUUUCACCAGACAGUUCAUGAACGAUUUGCAGAGAUUCGUAAUAAAGUCAGCGCAAUACUUCCAGUUGACCUGACAAAAUGUUCUUCAAUACAUCUUGGGAAUGAUUACCCUGAUAUAAUUGUUUCUAGCCUUUGUUUUGAAGUAGCAUGCAAAGAUGUUCACGAGUACAACAAAGUCGUUCAGUAUGUUGGAAGUUUAAUGGCCCAUGGCUGUCAUCUUGUUGUAGUCGGAGUAUUAGAAGAAACAUUUUACAGAGUUGGUAAAUUCAGUUUUCAUUGUUUGAAAAUAACAGAGUCUGAAGUAAAAACAGCAUAUACAACAAAUGGAUUUGAAAUAAAGACUUGGAAGGAAUAUAUUCCUCCGCCACGAACUGCAGAGGAGGCUGAAUUUUCGGAUUUCCAGAAAGCUUUUGUAAUGCAUGCUGUGAAAGUCUAAUCAUUCGAUCGAUUGUAGAACUGAAGUAUCACAGUUCGAAGCGAGUCCGAAAAAACUGACACAAAUUAGUUCUCAGCGAAUGUCAAAACAAUUAGCACUUAACAACAAAAUUUGUAUUAUAUUUCCCAUACAAACUAGACUUUAGAUUAGAUAAAUAUAAUUAGUAUAUAUAUAUAUAAAUGGUAUAAAUUCUGAUUUGUAACAAGUCUUUCCAAAUUCUAAUUGUUAUUUCUUUGCCAUUUAAUGUGGAAAAAUAUGUUUGAACGACAGCUUUUUUUUA